CUCCUGGCUCUCUCCCGGUGACGUCCUCCGCUCCCUUCUUCUACUUCCUCUCCUUCUUCGAUCAAGGGAUUGUUGACCAUCUCCUUUGCCCGUACCGACAUUCUUUUUCAGUGUGUUUCCGCUGUGCCCAUUCGUUCAUUCAUUCCUUCAUCAAGGCGUGUGUAUCUUGCAUCCAGUCAGUCCUUCGAGAAAACAACCAAACGAAACGUCCACACACGACGAAAUACACCGACAUCGACAUCAGCAUCACCGAAUCCGACCCGAUUUUCAUUCUUUUAUAUCGGAACUUUGAAAGUUCCUCCCCCCCCCUGAUUUAUCAGCUCACCUUUUUGUUGUUACAAAACACGACUACUCUUCAGUGACAAAAGAAGAAGAAUAAGAAGAGGAAGAAGUAGAAAAACCAACAUCACAACAUGCGCUUCCUCUCUGUCCUCGGCUUCGCGGCCGCGGCCGUCGCCCAGCUGACGUCGACAUCGCUCGAGAAGCACGUCGACUCGGUCACGCUCAGCAAGACGUUCAACCCGGUCAAGGAGGCCUACUGGACGGGCUACCCGCACCACCGCCGCACGCCCUUCGCCGUCGCACCCGACGGCAAGUCGGCCUGGCUCGCGUACCUCGACGCCUCCGAGACGGGCGUCCACGUGCAGCAGGUCGACCCGACCACCUUCGCCGCCACGGGCGAGCCCAUCACCAUCGCCGGCGGAAAGGAGGCCGGCGGACUCGUCGCCCACAACGACGGCUUCGCCCUCCUGACCAACGAGCUGCUCGCGGGCGGCCCCGCCGACGUGCCCGUCGCCGUUCUCUACCGCUACACGGGCGGCAAGGAGACGUUCAAGACCUGGCUCGGCGGCCCCGGCGUCGACGGCAACCAGGCCAUGGCGUCGCCCGACAUCAACGGCGACCUCGUCUUCUCGGAGAAGGCCGGCUACUACGCGGCCUACAUCGUCGUGACGGCCUACGAGGGCGACGCCAAGGGCCACUUUGGCGACGCCAUCCGCUACGUCGACACGGCCGGCAAGCUCACGGCGAUCCCCGGCGCGUCCUCGUCCUGGGGCUGCUCGCACAACACGGGCAUCGCCUUCGAGGCCGCCGACGCCGCGCCCUUCGCCUCGCUCUGCGCCGAGGACCAGGGCGCCAUCUGGCUCAACACGGAGACGCAGGGCAUGAGCAACAACGGCGUCAAGGUCUCCAACGAGCACGUCAUCAACGGCGGCGCCAACGAGGCCAUGGGCGGCACCUCGGGCUCCUACAGCGUGCUCGCCCGCUUCGUCGGCGCCGACUCGUACAUCUUCUCGUGGGUCUCGCGCGGCGCCAAGGACCUGACGCUCAACGACUGGAUGGGCCAGGGCUACACAAAGUCCGUCAACCGCACCAGCAACCGCAACGUCGCCAUCGCCCUCUUCUCGGACAAGAAGACGCUCGUCGGCGAGCAGGCCACCUCCGAGGUCGGCGCCGCCGCCGGCGACAGCCAGGUCAACUGGGUCACCUCGGGCGCCAACGACUGCUCCAACGCCCACGCCGCCGCCUUCGACGCCUCUAGGGCCCUGGUCACCUGGGAGGAGAUCGCCGACCCCAUCUGUGACUUCGACGCCAUGGGCUGCCGCGGCGCCUUCGCCGGCACCAAGUUCCAGAUGGUCGACAGCACCGGUAAGAAGCUCGGCGAGCCCGUCAGCUCCGACGACACCUACGUCGCCGGCGACAUGGUCACCAUGGCCGACGGCCGCAUCUGCUGGCCCUACGUCGCCAUGGACUGGAAGCUCGACGGGCCCGUCCGCGGCUCCGCCGUCUCCAAGAUCUCCUUCGCCUGUAUGACCGGCGGCGCUGGUACCGGCGGAGGCUCCCCCGCCGCCCCCUCGUCGUCCGCCGCUCCCGUUUCCAGCGCCGCUCCCGUCGCCGUCGUCUCUUCCUCCGCCGCCGCCGCCGAAGAUGCCGUCGCCUCGAGCGGUCCCGGCUCCGCCGACCCCACGUUCGCUCAAGGCACCGCCCCGGAGCCCAUCUUUGAGACCAUUUCCGGCCCCGCUUACACCCCGACGGCAUCCGUCCCGGCCGCUCCUUCCGCCGCUCCCACCUCCGAGCCCGCCGCAUCUUCGGCCCCCGCCGCGUCCGCGUCCGCGUCGGCUCCUUCGGGCGCUCCGGCCCCGAUCUUCGAGACACUCUCCGGCCCCGCUUUCACCCCUACGGCAUCUGCCCCUGCCGCUCCCACCUCCGACGCUGCCUCCGAGCCCUCGUCCGUUCCCGCCGCAUCCGUGUCGGCUCCCUCGGGCGCCCCGGCCCCGAUUUUCGAGACGCUGUCCCAGGAUCCCCCCGCCGCCUCCUCGUCGGCCGCCGUGCCCUCGGCCAGCGUCCCCGACGCUCCGGCGACCACCGUCUCCGGCGCGAAGCCCGAGCUGACGGCCGUCCCCUCGAAGACCAAGAACAAGACCAAGACCAAGAACCGCACGCGCACCCGCGGCCGUGGCGAGUAUGGCAACGGGCCCCGUCCCACCAACGGCCCGCGUCCUGGCGGCCAGAAGUGCAGCACCCGCACCACCGUCAAGACCAUUUACGUCACGGCAUAGAUGGUUGGCGUGAAGGGAACGGGUUCUUUGUCUACCUUGUGGAGGUGGGAGGGGAUAGCGGAGAGAGAGUAUGACUCUUUGGAAAGGAGGGGAUUGAUAUCGAUGGUGGUGGGGGUUACGGUCGGUUGAAUUGCGAUUUCAUGUACAUACUAUGUACGACAUUGUACACACAAAGUUUCUUUACCUUGCGUCUCUUGAUCUCUACGCGUCUCGCUUGAACGGGGGAAUCCGAGAUCAGGUCCAAAGCCGGCGGCUGAUUUCGAGCAGCCCGAACCGCGCGGGUUCGUCAUGUCAUCGGUAUCGGUCUCGGCCUCAUGCCAACCCAUUCGUCCCCGCCGCCUGGCUC